UUCUGUCUGUUAUUUAUAUGGACUUUAUAUCCACCCAGGGCAUAUACAUGUAUGGUAUCCCGUUGAGGUCAGGGUUCAGAUGCUGACUGCAGGACGUUUAUGAAGGUGAUACUGACGGCCAUAGCCUGAGAGGGAUGACCGGAAGCUGGAUCAGGAGCGCAUAGAGAAGAAGUGGAGCAUAUGUGAGAAGUUGCUCAGCUCUGUGUGCGUCGCCGUCAGUGACAGAGCACGCACCAAAGCCGAAUCCCCGAUUCAGAGACGCCUCUUCUUUUCAUAACACAAGACUUGUUGCUUGCGACUUUUGACCUCACGGUUUUCCUCCAUGAGAAUUCCUGUUGCAUUUCUCCUGCGGAGAUCAUCUUUCAAAAGACACAGCGUGUCUGCUGAAGGAGCCACCUCCGGGCACCAUGGACCCGAGAUGUCAGGGCCUGUUCCCGGAGCCUCCGCAGCUCUGUCCUACCGCACCUCUCCCUCUAGAGCUUGUGGGCACAGUCCAUAAGCACCAGCGGGGCUUCCGGAAUCUCUGACAGUCACAUUUGACUCCUUUCUUUCCCACACCCCAGUUCUGCUGGUCUUUUCUCAUUGGAAAGUGUAGGAAGGAUACAGGUAGGAAUUUUCCCGUGUGUCCUAUUUCCUGAUGGUGGAAUGGAUACAAAAUCCAGGUGCCUGGCUCUCUAGAACCCAAUCUUAUAAAUUAGGAAAGGAUCGGGCUGGGACUGGGGGCCUUGGCUUCUAGUUCCUAGGAGUCAUGGACCCGCUGAACCGCACCUGGACCCCGAGUUUCCUUCUUGCUGGUUUCGCGGCCCCCAGGACGCUGCGGCCCCUGGCGUUCCUGGGCACCCUCUGCAUCUACGUCCUCACGCUGGCCGGGAACUUGUUCAUCAUCGUGCUGGUGCGGGCAGAUGCGGCGCUGUCCACACCCAUGUACUUCUUCCUCAGCGUCCUCUCCUUCCUGGAGCUCUGGUACGUCAGCACCACGGCGCCCACGCUGCUGCACACGUGGCUCCACGGGCGCUCACCCAUCCCGGCCGCCGCGUGUUUCAUCCAGCUGUACGUCUUCCACUCCCUGGGCAUGACCGAGUGCUACCUGCUGGGGGUCAUGGCACUGGACCGCUACCUGGCCAUCUGCCGCCCGCUGCACUACCACGCCCUCAUGAGCAGAAAGGUGCGGUUGUGGCUGGCGGGGGGCUCGUGGGGGGCCGGCUUCUCCGCGGCACUGGUGCCGGCCGGCCUCACGGCCAGUCUGCCCUUCUGCUGGAAAGAGGUGGCCCACUACUUUUGUGACCUGGCCCCGCUGAUGCGGCUGGCGUGUGUGGACACAGGCUGGCACGCUCGAGUCCACGGAGCAGUGAUUGGUGUGGCCACUGGCUGCAACUUUGUGCUCAUUUUAGGACUCUAUGGGGGUAUCCUGAGGGCUGUGCUGAAGCUGCCGUCGGCGGCCAGCCGGGCCAAGGCCUUCUCCACCUGCUCCUCCCACAUGACCGUGGUGGCCCUCUUUUAUGCCUCUGCUUUCACGGUGUAUGUGGGGCCGCCUGAGAGCCGCUCCAAGGGCACUGACUCGCAUAUAGCCCUGGUGUAUGCCCUUCUCACCCCUUUCCUCAACCCCAUCAUCUACACACUCCGCAACAAGGAGGUGAAGGAGGCUGUCAGAAGGGUCACCCAGAGGAUCAGGGCUCUGUUGGAGGGACCCUGAGGAUCUCUAUUGUCACAGCCCCGCUGCCUGGCCACAGCGGGAAGCAGCUGAUCACUUAGUCAUCUGGUCAGAGUGACAGUCAACACUGGGGAACAAAUCCAUCUGUCUAUUUGUUAAACAUGCAGCCAAUGGCCAACUCAGGAGGACGUAGUCCGGGAUGAUCAGACGUGGAAGAUGUUGAGGGAAAGGAGAUGUGUCUGAUUCCAUUCCAGUCUCCCGGGGGGAAAACGCCACGAAAGAGAAGGGGGGGAAAAACAGGGUCUCAAUGUAAAUGGUUUUGCUGAACCCCUGACCUGGGGAGAGAGCACAGCCCGGGGCGGGGAGACAAUCUGAAGCUAAGGGGGAGCGUGUCCCAGAGGAAGGGAUUCACGGCGGAAAGCAGCGGCCCGAAGCUCUGACCCCGAUGUGAGGCGGUGAGCACGGGCAGAGCGGGCGGCCCGUGGGCGAGGCUGGGAGCCUGAGGCGAGGGCUUGCUGUCCCCUGGGGCACGAGCGCGGUGGGGACGGUGAGGGUGUUGUUUGCCUUCUCACCGAGCAUCGUGUUUCUAAACAGAAAGAGAAACCAAGCAGCAAAGAGCCUUGCCUGUCUGGUACGCUAGGCACACACGUGCCAAGUAGAAAACCGGUCGAAAUAGAAAGUCGGUUCCAUUCUGCGCCCUCUUCCCAGCCCUGCCCUCCCACCCCCACCCACGUCUUCUGCUGAGCCAAGUUGGAGAACUAACACUCGGGCUCAGCUUCGGGACUUUGCUGAUGCGUGAAUUGUUGGUCCAGUGGCAAAUGGUGUCAGAGGCCUGGGGAGAGAGACGGCCCCAGUGGAGACCAGGCACUGAAUGGGUCUUGAAAACCCACUCUCCUUUUCAGUUUCAUACAAAUUACUGCUGAAAAAGUCAAGCCAGUGACUUUUUGUUACGGCUGCCCUCGGCUGGAGAACAGUGACAGCUGCUUUCAGAUGUUUUCUUUCCUCUUUGUGAGAUCCCCCUGAAGAAGGAAGAAUCACCCCAACAUUUAUGUGAGGAAGAUAGAAACAUUCCUGGAGCGGCUGUGAGGAGUCAUAGACCCUGCCCAGGUCUGCGGGUCUGAGAGUUGAUGGGUCCCCUCUGGUGGGCACGACCUUGACGAGACUGGUGGCCUCUUCCUCUCUGACCAAUGAGAGCCACAGCAUCGGCUGCUCACAUGCCCUCCUGCCCAGGGAGCUUUGAUCCUGUGAUUGUGACACUUCCUAGAGACAGGAGGGCCUGAGAUUCACAUAUCCAGAGGGGGGUGGGGGGGUGUUGGCCCAAACCCCAGUUUUGCUGGCUUUUUGACUAAGAUCCUAAA